AUGAUGCAAGUCGUCAAUGCAAUCACCGACAAACCUGAUUGGAGAAGAAAGGUGUUUGACGACACGAUCAUCGCCAAAUGGCGAGCUGAAGCAAUCACUGAGGAGGGACAAGGCUUUACCGAGAAGAUGUUUGACUAUUGUGUUGCAGAGCUUCAGGAUAAAGCUAGCCAGCACAAAGAAGAUGACUUGACUGCCGUACUGGAUUCUGAGUGGGCUGUAGUCAAGUCGGACAGCAUUGUUUCCCCGGAUUUGAAGGAAGAGCUCAAGAAGGCUGUGGCAACUCUUGAAGAUGUCCUAGCUAGCGCUAAAGACUGGCAUCCAGGAUCCAAAGAACAAGUCCUUGACCUGGUCCACCCAUCUCUGUUUCCCUUGAUCUAUGGCCGAACGAGGAUUCUUCCCACUGGCAAUGUUGCCCUGGAAGACUGCGUUCAGACGUCCGGCAAGGGCGAGAUUAUCCCAGUACCUAGCGAGGACGAUCGUAUACUGGGCGAAAGGAACACUUGGCCAUGGAGACACGGCCCUGCUGAAACCGCUUACUGGUCCAAUCGUUUCCAGUGGCUGCCGAGCAAUGUGACCUUNUCCGAAGGCGAGGGAGUCAAGAUCACGAGUUACAUCAACAACCUUCACCCAGUCCAUCACAAAUCCAUCUAUCCGGUCAUCGAAAAAUUCAUUGCCAAGUCGGUUCCUGCCUGGGACCUUGUACUCUCAUCAUACAUCCGCCGAGAUGUUAAAGAACUUCGUGUCCCUAUGACCGGCACAGAGUACGAGUUCCCUCGGGGUGAAGAAGCCCCGGAGAAUGUGGGAAGCGAGUUCACUGAAGAGGAUGACGAAUACUACGAAGUCAAAGAACAAUGGGUCAGAGACAAUCGCGUCCUCGUCAAGCCAGAUGCUCUCACAUAUGACUCAAAUGCCCGCCAAGGCGAUCGGGCAAUCAAGCCACUCAACCUGCGCGAGCACUUCAAAAAAACCGGCAUUCAGGUGAUUGUCAAGCUGGCUAACAUACACCUCACACCUUCGAACCCCGAAUACUUCGGUGGUAGCUGGCACAUCGAAGGCAAACUCAACGAACACAUCUGCGCAACAGCUCUCUACUAUUACGACAACGAGAACAUCACAGAAUCACAUCUCGCAUUCAGGACCAAGGUCUCAACUUACGGCUUGGUAGAACGCGACUACGCCCAGGACGACAACGAUGGUGUAUGCUAUCUUUUCGAUGUUGAGCGAAACGGCCCUGGUGUUCAAAGAAUUGGACAAGUAGCCACGAAUGAAGGACGCCUGUUGGCUUUCCCUAAUGUGCUGCAGCAUCAAGUUCAGCCAUUCAAGCUCGCGGAUCCUACCAAACCUGGCCACCGCAAGAUUCUCGCUCUCUUCUUGGUAGAUCCGUUUCAUCGCGUCAUCAGCACAGCCAAUGUACCGCCUCAGCAAAGAGAGUGGUGGGCUGAAGCCGUGCAAGGAUUAGAUUGCAAACUGGACAAGCUGCCUCCGGAGUUGCGUCACCAAGUCAUGUCCGAAGUAGAAGACUUCCCCAUCAACCUUGAGGAAGCGAAGAAGUUGAGAGAGGAACUGAUGGAUGAAAGAAGGGCUUUUGUGGGUGACGUCAACGAUAUGUACGAACAGGACGAUUUCAGCUUCUGUGAGCAUUGA